CAUUGGUCGUCUAAUGACCUGUGCACGUUGCUGCUGUGUCAUGCACAUGGUUGUCCCAGGCUACGUCAGGAUUCUCACCGGCUUAGGUAAAACCUACCUGAGACACCCGUCCCUUGCUUCCGCUCGCGCGCUAAGACGUCUUACAAGACAGCCGGCACGUCCGUACUUCCGCGUGAGCCAGGCGCCGUUCUUGCUGCACCUUGACUUUGUCCCCAGUCGGCCCCUUGGCCCCUCCCACUCCCAGCUCACAACAACAACCCAUUGUCCACUUCCGUGCAUCAGUAACGCUUUCAUUUCCACAUCUCCCGCCCGCUCUGACCCUCUGCCGUCCAGGAUGGGCCAGAAGAAGCCUUUCGAGCGCCUCCCGCAAGAUGUCAACCCCACCAACUACGCCUUACGCCUGCAGCCGGACCUGGACAAGUUCACGUUCACGGGCAAGGAGGUCAUCAGCGUUCAGGUGCAGAAGGCCACAGACAAGGUGGUGCUGAACAGUGUUGACAUCACCAUCGCUACGGCAACCUUCAGGGCAGAGAACGAAACUAAAGAGUUGUCAACCAGCGACAUCCACUUCAACAAGGAGAAUGAGACGGUGACUCUGAGCUUUCCCUCCGACCUCCCCACCGGUGCCGGCGAGUUGACCUUGGAGUUUGAAGGUGAGCUGAAUGACAAGAUGAAGGGGUUCUACCGCAGCAAGUACAGCUCUCCUGACGGACAGGACCGCUUCUGUGCUGUCACACAGUUCGAGGCGACCGACGCGCGCCGUGCCUUCCCCUGCUGGGACGAACCUGCCCGGAAGGCGACCUUCGAUGUGACCUUGGUGGUUCCCAAGGACAGGGUGGCACUGUCAAACAUGAAUGUUGUAGAAGAGAAGCCGGUCCCAUCCAGAUCGGACCUGCGGGAAGUGAAGUACGCCCGUACACCGGUCAUGUCCACCUACCUGCUGGCCUUCGUGGUGGGCGAGUACGACUAUGUGGAGGGUCGUGACGCCGACGGGGUCACGGUCAGGGUCUACACGCCUGUGGGGAAGAGCGAGCAGGGCAAGUUUGCACUGGAGGUCGCAGUGAAGACUUUGCCCUUCUACAAGGAGUACUUCAAGAUCCCCUACCCCCUACCAAAAAUUGACCUGAUCGCUAUCGCUGACUUUGCAGCUGGAGCCAUGGAGAACUGGGGCCUUGUGACCUACAGAGAAACUGCUCUUCUGAUUGACCCAGAAAACUCCUCCUCCCAUGCUAAACAGUGGGUCGCGCUGGUGGUGGGACACGAGCUGGCCCAUCAGUGGUUUGGUAACCUGGUCACCAUGGAAUGGUGGACCCACCUGUGGCUGAACGAGGGGUUUGCGUCGUGGAUCGAGUACCUCUGCGUGGACUUCUGCCUUCCGGAGUACGACAUCUGGACGCAGUUCGUCUCCACCGACUACACCGGAGCGCUCAAGCUGGACGCACUCAAGAACAGCCAUCCCAUCGAGGUGCCGGUCGGCCAUCCAGACGAAGUUGAUGAAAUCUUCGAUACCAUCUCCUACAGCAAGGGGGCGUCGGUGAUCCGCAUGCUGCACGACUUCAUCGGGGACGAGCAAAGCCAAAGAGCUCGUUGACCUUGAUCGGAACGCCCCCCUCCCCCCCUGGACCUGUGGGCCAGUCUGGGGGAGGCCAGCGGCAAACCUGUGGACAAAAUCAUGAGCACCUGGACCAAGCAGAUGGGCUUCCCUGUCCUGCAGGUGUCUGCUACACAGGAGGGGACGUCUCGAGUCCUGAAGAUCAAACAGUCCAAGUUCUGCGCAGAAGGACCUUCAGAAGACGACAGCUCCCUCUGGAUGGUGCCUGUCAGCAUCAGCACCAGCCAAUCACCAGCCACGGCCGUCAAGACGCUUCUUCUGGACCAACGAGAGACGACCGUUACCAUCGACAACGUCAAACCUGACGACUGGGUCAAGCUGAACCCGGGCACAGUCGGGUUUUACCGGACACAGUACAGUGCUGAGAUGCUGGACCGCCUGCUGCCGGCCAUCAAAGACCAGUCGCUGCCGCCUCGCGACCGCCUGGGCAUCCAGAACGACCUGUUUGCUCUGGCCAAAUCGGGUGUGGCGAGCACAGUGGACAUCCUGCGUGUGAUGGAGGCGUUUGUGAACGAGUCGAACUACACGGUCUGGUCGGACCUGUCCGCCAACAUCGCCAGCCUGGCUACGCUCCUGAGCGGCACCGACUGCUACCCACAAUUCAAACUGUUCGUACAGGACCUGUUCAAACUGGUCGGAGAGAAGCUGGGAUGGGAGCCGAAGGACGGGGAAGGUCACCUUGACGCCAUGCUGCGGAGCAUCGUUUUGUCCCACCUGGGGAAGUACGGUCACCAGGCAACCAUCGCCGAGGCCAACCAGCGGCUGGAGGAACACAUCUCCGGCACCAGGACUCUGGCUGCAGAUCUCAGGGGGCCGGUGUAUGCAACAGUACUUCGCCAUGGCGAUGAGCAGACGUACGAGCAGCUGUUGGAUCUCCUGCGGAAGGCCGACCUGCACGAGGAAAAGGUUCGCAUUCUCCGGUCGCUCGGCUCCGUCAGCCAACCAGAGCUCAUCCAGAGAGUCCUGGAGUUCGCCUUAUCGAGUGAGGUGCGCUCCCAGGACACCGUGUUUGUGAUCGGCGGAGCGACGUCCAGUCUGAAGGGGCGCGAGCUCGCCUGGAAGUUCGUACAGGACCGCUGGGACGAGCUCCACACACGCUACCAGGGAGGCUUCCUAUUGGCCAGGCUGGUGCAGUUCAGCACCAGUGGGUUUGUGGAGGAGGCGAGGGCCCGGGAGGUGGAGGAUUUCUUCAAGCUGCACCCCGCGCCGGCCGCCGAGCGAACCGUGCAGCAAUCGUGCGAGAACAUCCGCCUGAACGCCGCCUGGCUGGCGCGCGACGCCGCCUCCAUCAGCGACUAUCUCAGCACCAGGGCACGUCUGUAACCACCUCCAUCAGCGACUAUCUCAGCACCAGGGCACGUCUGUAACCGCCUCCAUCAGCGACUAUCUCAGCACCAGGGCACGUCUGUAACCACCUCCAUCAGCAACUAUCUCAGCACCAGGGCACGUCUGUAACCUCCAUCAGCAACUAUCUCAGCACCAGGGCACGUCUGUAACCACCUCCAUCAGCAACUAUCUCAGCACCAGGGCACGUCUGUAACCGCCUCCAUCAGCAACUAUCUCAGCACCAGGGCACGUCUGUAACCGCCUCCAUCAGCAACUAUCUCAGCACCAGGGCAUGUCUGUAACCACCUCCAUCAGCAACUAUCUCAGCACCAGGGCACGUCUGUAACCAUCAGCAACUAUCUCAGCACCAGGGCACGUCUGUAACCACCUCCAUCAGCACCUAUCUCAGCACCAGGGCACGUCUGUAACCUCCAUCAGCAACUAUCUCAGCACCAGGGCACGUCUGUAACCUCCAUCAGCAACUAUCUCAGCACCAGGGCACGUCUGUAACCUCCAUCAGCAACUAUCUCAGCACCAGGGCACGUCUGUAACCACCUCCAUCAGCACCAGGGCACGUCUGUAACCACCUCCAUCAGCAACUAUCUCAGCACCAGGGCAUGUCUGUAACCACCUCCAUCAGCAACUAUCUCAGCACCAGGGCACGUCUGUAACCACCUCCAUCAGCAACUAUCUCAGCACCAGGGCACGUCUGUAACCACCUCCAUCAGCACCAGGGCACGUCUGUAACCGCCUCCAUCAGCGACUAUCUCAGCACCAGGGCACGUCUAUAGGGGCUGUCUGUUAUGCCAGAUUGCAAACUCUUUCUUUGGAAAAAUUUGCUGUUAACUUUUUCUGCAAUAUAUCAGAGCACAUGUUUGUUUUUAAAGACCCAGAGGUCAAAAUUCUGUUUUUUUGGGGGGGCGGGGGUAAAUGGGGUUUGUUAGAGAUGCAGAAUUGAAAUUUCACUUGAGUUGUUUCAUAUUACUGUACCUUGAAAAGGAAUAAUAGUUUACGUCCCAUUUCGGCAACAUAUUAAAGCACUAUAAGUCGCAUAGAAAGGAAGAGCUUGUUUCACAUCUUUUAGGUUUUUUUUUUAAUGAUGCAGGAUUAGAAGUUACUGGUCCUUAAAAAGGAAUUCUGUAUGCCACGUUUCUAAUAUGUAGUAGUCUCCUUUUUUCCUUGAAAUUCUGAACGUUGCCAUCCCAGCACAGUUUAUUUUAGAUUGAUUGUAUGUCUACUUUCAAGAGGAGUUGGUAUCAUCCCUUCAAUGUGUCUAUGUAUUUAGCCAGUCUUAAACUAGAUGACACAACUAUCCUGUUGUAUGGGGGGGGGGGAUCUGUCUGAACAAGGAUUUUUGAAAAUUCCACCAUAAUUAGGAAACUGUCAUCAUGCAAGUGUUUUCUAAACAAGACUGUCACCUUUUUUCUGCACUGAAAGAGGCUGUUGUUUAAAAGACUUAUGUUACAGCAUUCAUAUGUCUUGGCAAAAAGGGUUGAAAUAUUAAUCAGAUAAUUUCUAAUUAUGUCAGUGUGAAGUGAAUACAGCUGAAAUAUAUCCUUUUCUUUAUAAUAUGCUACGGAGAAAGCACAGCAAGGCUUGAUAAUGAAAAUUGUCGUACACAUUGUGGUUGUCAUUUUGAUAAAUAUACUCGUGUUCAGAAUAUUUGAUUGUAAACUUUUCUCAGUUUAGAUACACUCACAAUGUUUUACCAACUUGCGUGAAUGUGCAGAGCAUAUUUCCAACUAUUGGUGGACCAAGUAUCAAUUAUAACGUUACCAGCUUGGACCAAGACCAGAGAAUGGAAGGGUGUAAAAAGAAUGAAGAAGAAAGACCCAUCGCUAGUUAAUACAAGAUGCAAAGAUUCUUGUCAGAGCUCAGUUUUGUGUUCUUUAGUGCAACUUUUUGGUUGUUUAUAUUUGUAGCGUUGGCCAGCGAUGGCAAACACAACACAUGCCAUGUAAACUGAUCUUCUAUGUGCUUGAAAAAGCCAGAAAUGCUUUGUUGACAACCAAAGUCUUUUUGGAGAGUUUGCAAUGAUCAAAUAAACAGAUGGUGAAUAUA